GAGGUCGAGGAGCCCCUCAUGGCUUCCUUCUCGGAGGCGUUGAAGCAGGGCCCCUUCCAGUCCUGCGCCACGCCCGCCUCGAGCCCCGUGCAGCACACGCGGACUGGCGGCUCGACGCCUGGAGCGCCCCUGCGCCCGGUGGUGGCAACCGCAAUCGCCGCCACGCCACCGCUAUACGCGUGCCAGGAUUGCCGCCGGUCCACAUCGCGCACGUCACGAGCUUCUCGCAGAAGGUCUGCACGCAGGCCGGCGGGUGCAGCUACAAGCCGCUGCGGUGCCAGUCCCCGCAUCGGGAGCCGAGGAGCCCUCAGCUGGUGCCGAGGUCCCCCUGA